AUGGAGCGGGAGAUGGCUGUAGCAGACUUUGUCUCGCUGGUUGUCUACUCCCUCACCUUCCUGCUCGGCCUGCCCUCCAACCUGCUGGUGCUGGCCGUGUACGUGCGCAAGGCCUGCAAGCGCGGGGCCACGCCCUGCGUGGUCUACGCCCUCAACCUGUGCGUCUCCAACCUGGCGCUGGUGGCCUGGCUGCCCGUCAUGGCGCUGGAGACCGCCCUGCAGAGCUGGGCCCUCCCCUUACCCGUCUGCCUGGUCUAUAGCUUCUUCCUCUUCGCAUCGCUGUACGGCAGCUGCCUGUUCCUGGCGGUCACCACCGUGGGGCGCUACCUCGGCACGGCCUUCCCCAUCAGCUACAAGCUGUACCGCAGCGCCCGGCUCUCCUGUGGCGUGAGCGCUGGCCUCUGGGCCCUGGUGCUGCUCCACCUGGGGCUGGGCCUGGCGGCGGAGGGAGGGGCCUUCUUUACCCACUCCUCGCCGCGUAGCAACGAGUCCAGGACCUGCUUCCGGGACUUCACCACCGAGCAGCACGCCGUGCUGCUGCCGCUGCGUCUGGAGAUGGCGCUGCUCCUCUUCCUGCUGCCGCUGGCGGUCACGGCCUUCUGCACACUGCGCUGCGUGGUGCUGGUGCGCCGGUCCUGCCUGCCCGCGGGGCGCAAGCGGCGGGUGGUGGGCGUGGCCUGCGCCACGCUGGCCGUGUUCGCCGUCUGCUACGGCCCCUACAACGCCUCGCACGUGGUGGGGUUCGUGGAGGGCUGCACGGUGGCCUGGAGGAAGGAGGCCAUUUUGUCCAGCACCUGCAACGUCUUCCUGGAGCCCGUGGUGAUGCUGCUGCUCUCGCCUCCCCGCCUGCCGGGAUUGGCCGGAAGGCUGUGCGGGAGGGCGGGCCAUGUGAAAACUGUAACAACCAGAACCUGA